AUGAUAGGAAUUGCUCUAUUGUCAGUUACAUAUAAAACAAAUUUAUGGAAUUCAAUUUCACUAACAAUACGAGAUAUAAACGCAUUAAAUCUACAGUAUGCGCAAAUAUUGCAAUUAGAACAAAAUAAUUUGUCAAUUAUUUCUUAUAAUUUUACCUCGACAGCAACGAUCAGUGAUCGGUGGAAAAGAAACAGUAAAAUAAUGCAAUGUGAAGAUGGUUCAACAUUUUCAGGUGUUUCACUCAAUGUUCGAUUUUCUGUCAAAUUAAAUUGUGAAGUGAUAAUCUUGGGUGCAGGUGUAGGUGGAUCUCAUAGUGCAUAUCGAUUAGGUCCAAUUUAUAAGAAUAAUUUAUGUAUAUUUGAACGUGAAAAUCAUGUUGGAGGACGGACUUAUGAUAUUGAUUAUAAUGGAACUGCAUCCGAAGCUUAUUCUACUACUCCAAUUGCACCUAUGGGAGCUAUGCGAUUUUAUGAAAAACAACCUGUUGUUAAACAAUUAAUGGAUGAAUUAAAUAUUUCAUAUUAUCGUUAUAAUUUUCAAAAUUUUCUCAUUAAAGCACGUGGAAGAUUCUAUACUUCAUACAAUGAAAUGUGUGCAAAGUCAUAUGUAGGAUUAAACUGUACUGAUGAUUCAAAUGGAUUGAAUUUUCAAGAUCAAAUAUGGACGAAAUUAUUAGAAGAAUAUAAAAAGAAUUCAUCGAAUUUAUAUAAUUUUGCAGAUAUGAAUGCAUUUUGUCGUUCUCUUCUUGGUGAUGAAGCAACGGAAUAUUUAAGAGAUUCAUCUAGACCUCGAUCAAGUUUUCUGAAUGUAGAUGUUCAUUCUUAUAUGGAAACCAUCAAACAAGAGUUACAUCUGAAUAAACCUAUUUAUUAUACCAAUGAUGGUAUGUCGCAGAUUGCAAAACGAAUGAUUUAUAAAGCAACAACAAUAAACAAUGUUCGACUUUUUUUAAAUGAAAAAGUUAUUCAAAUUGAGGAAACUUUGAAUACUACGAAUGAUUAUAUUUUUUCAAUUGAAACAUCAAACUAUAAAGUUUUUAGUAAACAAUUAAUCGCAGCAAUGCCUCCAACUGGUUGGAUAGAUAUCGAAGGUUCAAUUGCUAAUGAAAUUAAGUCAAAUAAGUAUUUUCAAUCGAUUUUACCAAUCCGAACAAUUGUUAUAGAUAAUUACUGGCCACAGCGGUGGUGGGAACAAGCUUCUAUGCUUAAAUCCAAUAUUGAUCGUGCCUGGACAAGACAAAAUUGUAUAAGUCGUAUAGAAAUAUUAUCUCAACAUCCACAAAAAAAAGAACAAAAUUUAACAAGAACAGUUUAUGAUGAUGGUUUAUGUAUUGAUACGUGGUUAACAUUAAUUAAUCGUUCAACAAAUACAGAUUUAAUUCAAGAAUUAUUGAGAGGAUUGAGAGAACUAUUUCCUAAUGUUGAAAUACCAUCACCAACAAAAACAUUUACAAAAGUAUGGCCUGGUGCUUGGCAUCAUCAAAAAUCUAAUACGAAUGUCACAAAUAAACAAAUUAUGAAGUGGGCAUUACAACCUAUAACACGAUUUAGAAAACAUGAAAUUAGUUUGGUAGGUGAAGCAUUUAAUCUCGAUCGUUCGACUUGGGUUGAUGGUGCCAUUAAAUCUUCAUUAAUGUCACUUUAUUCACAAUUUAAUUUCAAUAAAACUUGCUAUGAAAACGAUGGUGCGGUCAAUGGAGUUUAUUGUAGCAAUGAUUUUAUUUAA